GAAACGAACCAAUGCGCGUCGGGGGGAGUGAGGCACGUUCAGGGUCUUUAAAAGCGCGUUCACAGGAGAGACGCUCGCUCGGAUCUGACAGCUGCCCUUCAGACACUCAGCAUGGCCGCUAAGAGAGUCUGCAUUAUCGGCUCCGGCAACUGGGGCUCCGCCAUUGCCAAGAUAGUGGGAGCCAAUGCGGCCAAAUACAACACCUUUGACAACACAGUUAACAUGUGGGUGUUUGAAGAGAUGAUCGAUGGACGAAAACUCACAGAAAUCAUCAACACGCAACACGAGAACGUCAAAUAUCUGCCAGGACACAAACUACCAACUAAUGUGGUAGCUGUACCAGAGCUGUUGGACGCUGUGAAGGAUGCAGACAUCCUCAUCUUCGUCAUUCCUCACCAGUUUGUGUCCAGAGUCUGUGAUACCAUCAAGGGUCACAUCAAAGCAGACGCUGUCGGGAUGUCUCUCAUUAAGGGUGUGGAUGAAGGUCCUGAAGGACUGAAACUCAUCUCUGAUGUCAUCCGGGAGAAACUGGGCAUCGUGAUGACGGUACUGAUGGGAGCCAAUCUGGCCAAUGAGGUCGCUGAAGAGAAAUUUUGUGAAACCACAAUCGGGUGUAAAAGCAAAGCUCACGGUCCGCUGCUGAAGGAACUUAUGCAGACGCAAAACUUUCGUGUGACAGUGGUGGAGGAGGCAGAUGUUGUUGAGAUCUGUGGAGCGUUAAAGAACAUUGUGGCUGUGGGCGCUGGUUUCUGUGACGGUCUGAGUUUCGGUGACAACACUAAAGCCGCUGUGAUCCGUCUGGGUCUGAUGGAGAUGAUCGCCUUCGCCCGGCUGUUCUGCACGGCCACUGCGGUCUCUCCUGCCACGUUCCUGGAGAGCUGCGGUGUCGCUGACCUCAUCACCACCUGCUACGGAGGACGCAACCGCAAAAUCGGAGAAGCGUUUGCUAAAACGGGAAAUUCUAUCGAGCAGCUGGAGAAGGAAAUGUUGAACGGUCAGAAACUUCAAGGUCCAGCAACUGCAGCUGAAGUUCAUAAGAUCCUCAAGAACAAGAACCUGGUUGAGAAGUUUCCUCUCUUUAAUGCAGUUUAUCAGAUCUGUUUCCAGGGUCAACCAGUUAAAGAGUUCGUAACCUGUCUACAGAAUCAUCCAGAACACAUGUAACCAACAAAAGCGCAGGUCUCUGAACGCUGAGGCUGAACCUGAUGUGGGGUCAAACCUUCAUCAUGCUGCCUCUUUUUCUAAUGUGAUUUUUUUUAAGCCACUUCAGUCAUCUGAUGCACAGAUCCUACCGUGACACGGCUUGAAACGGACAAUUCAGCUGUUUUAGUGUUGCUAACACAAAAUGAAAACUUUAUAAAAAAACCUUUGUCUAAAUGUUGUAUAGGUCUAAGCAUGUAAACAGAUUUUAUUUAACAUAAAGGCAUCAAAUGAAGUUUUGAUUUUUUAACGUUUUAAGUUUGUCUUGGAUUCUCACAGUGAGCGUUUUUAAACAUGUUGUCUUAAUGUAUUCGUUUUUUACAUUAGAAGCCAAGAAAGAAAGUGCCUUAAAGUUUACCCUACAUAUGGAGGAUUGUUUUCUAGAAAACAAAGUUUCUGGAAAUGUUUGUGUUUGCAUUAAGUGCCAUAAAACAGAUCUCAUUCAGUCA